GGCGGUUGUCAGCUGACUGAGGCGGCAGCAGUUUCGCGGGGACGACCGCCGGCUACGCAGGCUCCGUGCGGGCGGAAGAGCUCUCCCGGCGCGUCACUGUGGGUCGGCGAGGCGCGGGGGCCGCCGCAAAACUAUGGCGACCACUGUCAGCACGCAGCGCGGCCCGGUGUACAUUGGUGAGCUGCCGCAGGAUUUCCUCCGCAUCACGCCCACACAGCAGCAGCAGCAGGUCCAACUGGAUGCCCAGGCAGCACAGCAGCUGCAGUAUGGAGGCGCAGUGGGCACUGUGGGCCGCCUCAGCAUCACUGUGGUGCAGGCAAAGCUGGCAAAAAAUUACGGCAUGACACGCAUGGACCCUUACUGCCGCCUGCGCCUGGGCUAUGCCGUGUAUGAGACACCCACGGCCCACAAUGGUGCCAAGAACCCUCGCUGGAACAAGGUCAUCCAGUGCACAGUGCCCCCAGGUGUGGACUCAUUCUACCUGGAGAUCUUCGAUGAGCGCGCCUUCUCCAUGGACGACCGCAUUGCCUGGACUCACAUCACGAUCCCUGAGUCCCUGAAGCAGGGCCAGGUGGAGGAUGAGUGGUACAGCCUGAGUGGGAGGCAAGGUGACGACAAGGAAGGCAUGAUCAACCUGGUCAUGUCCUAUACGUCACUGCCUGCUGCCAUGAUGAUGCCGCCCCAGCCUGUGGUCCUGAUGCCAACCGUGUACCAGCAGGGCGUCGGCUAUGUGCCCAUCGCAGGAAUGCCUGCCGUCUGCAGCCCUGGCAUGGUGCCUGUGGCAAUGCCCCCACCAGCCGUGACUGCGCAGCCCCGCUGUACAGAAGAGGACCUCAAGGCCAUCCAGGACAUGUUCCCCAACAUGGACAAGGAGGUGAUCCGCUCCGUGCUGGAAGCCCAGAGAGGGAAUAAGGAUGCUGCCAUCAAUUCUCUGCUGCAGAUGGGCGAGGAGUCCUAGACCCACCUGUUGCUCUUGAACUCAUCACCCUGGGUUCCCUGGGGUCAUCUUCCCACCACCUGUACCCUCUUCCACAGACACCUGCGUCCCCUCCCCACUUGUUCUCAGGAUGCAUGUGGGUCUUGGUUCCCAGCAGCCCUCUUGACUAGCGGUGGGGUGGGACAGCUCCCUUCUCAUCUUCGGUUGGGCAGUGGUGGUGCGGCUGUGUCACUGCAUGGACCCACGCACCUGUUGCUGAGGAUGCACAUCUCUUUUCUCAUACUGUUCUGGAAAGCAUUCUUAUAGAAGGCCGCCCCCUCCUCCAGUGUGUUAAAAGCUGUCGAGCGUCUUUCUGAGAUAUCGAGUGACGCAGAGUCACUUGGCCUAUUUUGGGUGGACCUAGUGGCUUACGGCACACAGACUCACAUGCACUGGUUUAUGGGCCGUGUUUAGAGAUCUUAAGCUGAGCAUUCGCAUCCCUCCCUGAUGCUAUUGAGAACGUGGGCCUCUUGCCUGGCCAAAGCUGGCCUGCCUCUGCCUUGCCCGGGUCAUGCAGGCUGCACUGUCCCCUGCAGACCGUGCUGGUUCCAUAGGUCCUGUCCCAGCUUCUCUUCUCAAGAGGGCCUGGGGUGGCGCUGUGUUUCCAUCCAUGUUGGGGCUCUCUGUGCUGUGCACCAGUGCUGUUGUGCACUUGAGGGAAGGAGGAGUAACCCAGUGAAUGUUCACAGUGGAAUCCUUUCUGAGGCUGAGCUACCUGCACCUGGCUGCCUGGUCGCUGCUGUCACCUCUUGGGCUGCAGACAGAUUUAGGGGCAGAUGGGCAACACCGUAUUAUAAGACUCAGAGCCUUGUGGGGCGCUUCAGAAGCAAUGCACUUUAAGUAGGACACAUACCGUUGGGAAGCCCAUGUACCCUGGCAUGUCUUGGUGUGUGGUUCCACAUGGAGUUGCAGGUGCUUCUCAUUCGUGCAGGUGUUUGUCUGGACGUAAGAGCCCACUGACAUGGGCAUGACAACCAGACCUAACAAUUUGGACUUCCUUGAAUGAUUCAGAUUGAGGAAGUUAGUGCUUAAAUUUCAGUCUUUUCCCCCUCUAAAAAGAUAGGGAAAAUUUUAAUGUCAGCUAUAAAAUAUUGCUUUCUACCACCAAUUGGGGGUGCUUUUGUCAAAUAUUGUUCAUAAAUAUUUAUUUUUGUAAACUGAAGGAGAAUGGGGUGGUGGCACAGGUGGGAUGGUGGCACUGGGUGCUUUUCUUUAGUUGUGAAUCGUUAAAGCUUUUAAUCUCAUGAUAGAGAAGAAAGACACCAAUGUUUGUUAAGUAGAUUUGACCACUCACUUUAACAAGCCAGUCACUGGAAGUUUUCAUUCCAAGCUGCUGUAUGAUCUUGUGCCUGUAGCAGGCUCCCUGUCCUAGGGAACAGGUGUGUUGGCAGAGUGGGGCUUUCCCCGGGGGUUCUGUUAGUGCCAUCAGCAGACAUGGCCCAGGACAGCAGAAAUCUGCAGCGCCUGCUCCCAGGCCCAGAGAAGACUGCAGGUGCCUGCCCUCUGCCUUAACGUUGCUGAGGUGCCAGCGCUGCCCCCCUGCUUGUGCAUGGCUCUGUGGAGCAUGUCCUGGAGAUGGCUACCAACCUGGAGCAGCUGCCAUGGCCCAGGGAGGCAGUACUUGUGUCAGGGAGCCAUAGUUUCCAGAUGAGUCUGAACGUACUGCGAUCUCUUUCCUUUUUCCUGAACACUUUAUUUUUUUAAUAGAUCAAAGACAGAUCCCAUUUUGUAAGGCCUUAGUCAAAUAAGAUCCCUCACCCCUCGUUCUGUGCUGCUUCCUGUUUGAAGCUUGUCAUGUGGCAGCCUGUCUAGUGCAGUGGGAGGAGGCAAGGCUUUCGUGCCUGCUCAGGAGCCUGAGCGUCAGUAUGAUUCACUCAGCCUACUCUCGUGUCUUGUGUCUGCUUUGGAGUGGUUUGUCCCCAGCUCGUAGACAAAGACCGUAGUGGAUGGGGGCAGGCAUAGAUGGGAGCUGAGCCCUUGCUGGGUCUCGCUGCUGCUCCUGUCCCUCUCUCUGCAGAGUCAGGUUGCUAGCAAAGCCCCAGGGAUGGCAGUGGGAACAGCCUUCCUGGGGCAGGUGUCAGGGCAGGGCCUGGGCCCUUUUUCUUCUAGGCAGAUGCUGGUUGGACAUGGAGCCUCCGGGGCAUUGUGGUCUGAUGUGACCUCCAGGUCUGUCUCACCCUGCGAGUGGUGAGAGCAGUGUUUGCAGGGUUCUGUUCUGCCUGUGCCCUCGCCAGACUGCCCCUUUCUCUUAGUGACACUUUGGCAUUUGCUGAUACGGGUGAGGUGGGUGUUGGUGGGAAUGAUUCUCAGAACUUCUGUGUUCUUGGAGGUUAUGUUCAGGGGGGUCCAUGUCCAGAUCUUUCUUUGGUUGUAAAAUACAUUUCUACUUUUCAGCCUUCUAAUUUAAUAAGUGGCUCAUAUGAAAAUAGAGAAAUAAAGUCCUCUAAGAGAAAGUUUA